AUGAAGGCCACUGCCCUUGCUUUGUUGGCUGCGGCCACAGUGGCUCACGCUCAAGUUGCAACUACUUCAGAGCCGGCUCUCUCUGCUAUCAAAGCAGCAGCAGCAACAACCCUACCAGAAACAACCACUUCUAAUGUGAAGGGUCUUGCUUUCAACCGGUUUUACCAGGUGUGGCUGGAGAACAUUGUAAGCUACCCUCUACUAAUGGGGAAUUCCGAGUAUUCGGCUGCAGAUGAAAAUAUGCAGUGGCUGGCCAAGCAAGGUAUCUUGCUGACCAACUUCUAUGCAGUGACCCAUCCUUCUGAGCCCAACUACUGCGCAGCAGCUGGUGGUGAUACCUUUGGCAUGGACAAUGAUGACUUCAAGCAAAUGCCAGCCAAUGUCUCCAGCAUCGCAGAUGUGCUCGACACCAAGGGCAUCUCGUGGGCCGAGUACCAGGAGCACCUGCCGUACCCUGGCUUCCAGGGCUACAACUACUCUAACCAGGAGACUUAUGAUAACGACUACGUGCGCAAGCACAACCCUCUGGUUCUCUAUGACUCGGUUGUCAAGAACGAGACUCGUGCUCGUCAGAUCAAGAACUUCACGGAUUUUGAAAACGAUCUGUCCGACAAGAAGCUUCCGCAGUGGGCUUUCAUCACCCCCAACAUGACCAAUGAUGCUCAUGACACCAACAUCACUUUCGCUGCGAAGUGGGAGCGUAGCUGGAUGUCCACUCUGUUGAAGAAUGACUACUUCAUGAACGACACCGUUGUUCUUUUGACUUUCGAUGAAGAUGAGACCUACCCCAAGAGCAACCGAGUCUUCAGUGUGCUCGUUGGAGGCGCCAUUCCUGACAACCUCAAGGGCACCGAGGACGACACUUUCUACACUCACUAUUCUACCCUUGCGACUGUAGAGGCUAACUGGGGGCUGCCUUCUCUUGGUCGACUGACCAAGAAUGAACAGUGGGACUGUGGUGCCAACAUUUUCCAAAUUGUCGCCAACAAGACCGGCUAUGUCAAUUACGAUGUGGAUACCACCAACUUGCGUCUGAACGAGACCUACCCUGGCCCCAUGUCGGAUGGCGAGUACUCCACGUUCUCAGCGGACUGGCCAGUUCCCGAGACCGAUGCCAAGUGCUCUGCUGGUCACGGCAUCUUGGACAUUGUCAAGGAGACCUACUCUAACCUCAAGCCCACCUACAACUACACCAGCCCCUAUCCUUGGGACUCAAAGGCGAACUACAACACCAAUGUCACUGCUACUCGUAAGUCGAGCACCACUUCGACUACAACCAGCUCAGCGUCUGGUACCUCCACCUCAACCAGUGGUGCUGGCAUCAUCAACGUGUCCACUACCUCCGCUAUUACCUGUGCCCUAAUCGCGCUUUCUUUCUGCCUCAACGGGUUGAUCUGA